AUGGCUUUUUAUCGCACUCACGAACUAUUCUCCCUUGUUUCACUCAUCUUUGUUUUGCUAGCCACAAAUGUUCACGCACUGUCCUUUAAUUUCCCCAAGUUCACUUCUGGUAACUCUGCUAUCACCCUCCAAGGGGAUGCCAAGAUUAUAGACAAUGGUGUCUUGGCACUCACCAAUAGUACACAAAUUCCUCCAACUACAACUUACCAAACUGUAGGUCGUGCCUUAUAUACAACACCCGUGCCCCUUUGGGACAGUGCUACCGGCAAUGUUGCCAGUUUUGUCACUUCCUUUUCUUUCGUGAUAGAGAACCCGUCUGGACGUUCUCCAACUGAUGGACUGAUCUUUUUCAUUGCACCACCAGACACUGUCAUUCCAGACAACUCAAACAGUCAAUUUCUGGGAGUCGUUAAUAGUAAAUCUUCAAUAAAUCGAUUUGUUGGUGUAGAGUUUGACCUUUAUCCCAAUCCUUUCGAUCCCUAUAUGACUCAUAUUGGAAUUGACAUCAACUCUUUAAUUUCGACCAAGACCGUGAGAUAUAACUAUCUGAGUGGUUCAUUGACUAACGUAACUAUAAUCUAUGACUCUCCUUCUAACACAUUGACUGCUGUUGUCACUUAUGCAAAUGGUCAAUUUUCUACCAUUUCACAAGAGGUUGAUUUGAAAGCUGUGCUCCCCAAAACCGUUAAGGUUGGUUUUUCUGCUACUUCAACAAUUGCUGUAGCACUCAACAUCCAUUCAUGGUCCUUCACUUCAAACUUGGAAGCAACUACAGGCAAUAUUCUCCAAAAAAUAUGA